AUUAUCUAGGCUCCGUGGUCAGAUACUGCGCUAACAAAUCAAAAUACAUUUAUUUAAAAAUAAAAAAAACCUUUCUUAAAACAUAUAGUGUAUGAUUCACAAUACAAGUGCUUGUAACUCAUUUAUAUAAAAAUGUUUAAAUGUGUUCUAUUAUUAAAAGUCCUAAUAUCUGUCAAGUAGUAAUUAAUAAACAUAUCAGUGUACAAUUGUGAUAUUGAAAAGAGUUAUGAUAUGCUUAACGCAUCGUAUUACUUUUAUUUCGUUUUUCAAGAAUAUAAUAACAAUACAUGUGAAAAAAUUAUUAUCAAAUAAUAAAGUUUUGAUUAUUAGAAAUAAAAGCACUAAUCACAAUAUUAUGAAAGUCCUUAAUGUAGCUGAAAAAAAUGAUGCUGCAAAAAACAUUGCUGGUUAUUUAUCACGAGGAAAUAUUAGAAAAAGGGAUGGUUUAUCUGUUUAUAACAAGAUUUAUGAAUUCAAUGUACGAUUAUGGAACGAAGAUUGUCAAAUGAUUAUGACAUCUGUUUCUGGACACUUACUGGGAUAUGAAUUUGUAGGUGCUUAUAGAAAAUGGCAAGGAUGUCAUCCUUUAAGUUUAUUCGAUGCUCCUGUUAUAAAAAAUUGUAUAGAUGAUAAUUAUUUAAAAAUAAAAAAGACUAUAGAAAAAGAAGUAAAAAGUUGCAGAGCUUUGAUCAUUUGGACUGAUUGUGAUAGGGAAGGAGAAAACAUAGGAUUUGAAAUCAUAGAAGUAUGUCGGGCAGUUAAACCUGAUAUACGUAUAUAUAGGGCUAAAUUCUCAGAAAUCACACAAGCAUCUGUAAACAGAGCUCUUCAAACUUUGGACACGCCAAACAAAGCUGUCAGCGAAGCUGUAAAUAUAAGAAGUGAAUUAGAUUUAAGAAUAGGUGCUGCAUUUACAAGAUUUCAAACGUUACGAUUACAGAAAGUAUUUCCUAGAACACUUACAGACAUGCUUAUAAGUUAUGGUAGCUGCCAGUUUCCAACAUUAGGAUUUGUGGUAGAAAGAUUUCUAGCUAUAGAAAGAUUUAAGCCAGAACCAUAUUGGAAAAUAAAAGUAAUGAAUGUUCAUAGUGAUAUUUCUGUUGAAUUUCGUUGGGAUAGAGUUAGACUUUUUGAAGAACUACCUUGCCAAAUAUUUCUUGAUAUAUGUCAAGAAAAUCCUACGGCUACUGUCACUAAAGUUACCAGUAAGCCAAAAAGCAAAUGGAGACCAUUACCGUUAGAUACAAUUGAAUUAGAAAAACAAGGUUCUAGAAAAUUGCGUUUAAAUGCGAAAGAAACUAUGAGGAUAGCGGAAAAAUUAUAUACGCAAGGUUUAAUUAGCUAUCCACGUACAGAAACAAACAUUUUUCCAAAAGAAUUAAACUUACAAUCUUUAGUUUCUCAACAUACAAAUAGUCCUAUAUGGGGUCAGUUUGCACAGCGCUUAAUGGAAGAUGGGAUAUCUCCUAGGCAAGGGAAAAAAAGCGAUCAAGCUCAUCCUCCUAUUCAUCCAACGAAGUUUAGUACUUCUUUAGAAGGAAACGAAGCUAAGGUCUAUGAAUUUAUUGUAAGACACUUUCUGGCUUGUUUAUCCAAAAAUGCGGAAGGUCAAGAAACUGUAGUAGAAAUUAAUAUUGCUGGAGAAAAAUUUCUUGCCAAUGGACUUCAGAUAUUAAUGAAAAAUUAUUUAGAAAUAUACAUUUAUGAAAAAUGGAGCGAUAAAGAAAUACAUAGGUAUCAAGAGGGACAAACAUUUCAACCGACUAGUAUUGAUAUGAUAAAAGAAGAAACUUCACCUCCUAAAUUACUAACCGAAGCAGAUUUGAUUGCUUUAAUGGAUAAACAUGGAAUUGGAACUGAUGCAACUCAUGCAGAACAUAUUGAAACAAUAAAGUCAAGACAAUAUGUUGGUUUACAAGAUGGUCAACAUUUUAUUCCUUCCAAAUUAGGAAUUGGACUUGUAAUGGGUUAUGACAAUAUAGGAUUUCCAAUGUCUAAACCAAAUUUAAGAGCAGAUUUAGAAAAGGAUCUUAAAUUAAUUUGUGAUGGUCAAAAAGAUCCUAAAUUAGUUUUACAAGAUCAAAUAACUAAAUAUCGUGAUGUAUUUAAAUUAGCAAUGGAACAUGCAAAUUUAAUUGAUAAUGCUAUAGCAGAAUAUCUUGAAGAACAACCAUUACAAGUACAAGAAACUGAUAUGAUUAAUACUACUCCAGAUAUAGUCGUUUUCAAAUGUCCUAAGUGUAAUUCUGACAUGACAUUAAAAAAUAGAAAACAAGGUAAUGGAAAAUAUAUAAGUUGUAUGGGAUUUCCAGCAUGUAAUAAUGCUAUAUGGUUUCCUCAAUCGGUCGAGGAUGUAACAGUUCUAGAAGAUACAUGUACCCAGUGUUCUGGAAAUAUGCGGAAAAUGAAAUUUAAAUUGGCACAAAAUAUGAUUCAUUUUUUUGGAAGUACAUAUACAACUUGUAUUGGUGGUUGUGAUCCUAAUUUUAAUGAAACAAUGGACAUCAAAAAUGACACUGUUAAAAAAAGAACACAUGUUAAUGAUAGUGGCUAUGAAACCGUGAGCAACACAUCUGUGCCAGAAACAUCGUCGAGUUGGGUUCAAAUGCGUAAUAAUACAGGAGAAUCUAUUUCAAAUUCAAGAACAAAUACUCAGAGAAAUAAUAUUCCUUUACAAAAUCUAAAUCAUGGGAGAAAUCCUCCUACGAAUAAUCGAAAAAAAGGCAAUACUGGAUCUACUAAAAUGAAAAACAAUACUAACAAUUUGAAUAUGUCGAUAGGAUUUAAUAAUAAUAGUACAAAUACUAGUAAUAUUGUAUCCUGGGGAAACAUAGACAAUGAUGCUGAGAUUAUUUGUCAAUGUAAUCAACCUGCAAUUCAGCUAACAGUUAAAAAGGAUGGUCCAAAUCAAGGAAGACAGUUUUAUAAAUGUGGAAAUUCACAAGGUAAUCGUUGUGAUUUCUUUUUAUGGGCUUCUGAUAGACCACAAGAACAAAAUACUAAUACUAAUCAUAAUAAUCAUAAUAAUCAAAAUGCAAAUUGGAGUGCACAAAAUCGAACACAGCAGCCUAGUACUAGUAAUAACUCUGCUAAUUGGAGAAAUACUAGUAUUUCAGAAUCAAAUAAUGUUAUAAUGUGUACUUGUAAUGAACCAGCUAGACUACUUAUAGUACAAAAAGAAGGACCAAAUAAAGGUAGACUAUUUUAUACCUGUCCUAAAGGUAGAGACAGUACAUGUAACUUUUUUAAAUGGGAGGAUGCAGAUGAAAGUGUUAAUACAAAUGAAAGAACAAAUUGGGGAAAUUUUGGAAACAGAAACAGUAAAAGUAAUACUACGCACAGAGGGAAUAGUUCAAAUUCUAACAGAUCUCAAGGAACUCGCGCCAAAAGAAAAUGUGGCAUUUGCGGAGUCGAAGGUCAUACGCGGAAAACAUGUCCAGAAAAUGUCAUGGAUAAAUAAUCAAACAAUAUUGUGUAAAUUAUGUAUAGUUUUUUUGUCUAAAUAUAAUUUAAAUUUAUUUAAAGUAAAAAUAAUAAUUUAUAGCGUAAUAUACAUACAUAUAAUAACCAUUUGUGCCUUGUGUUGUUGAUAAAAUUGAUUGUUGAGAUUACGAAUCACUUAAUCUCUCGUUUUUACAUAAAAUAAAGAAUGGCACAAAAUAAAUUAAUUCUAUAAUUGAAAAUACUACGUAAUAUACGUCAUUU